CGCUGUGGUUCCACAGAGAGGAGAGGAGGAAGGCAAAUGUUUGUGCUGUGUGUUUUUUCAAGCUUAGCCUGCUUUUCGUAAUGUCGGACGUGGACGGGACGCCGCCGCAGCUUCCAUCGAGUUCAUAGCACCGUGGCCACACUACAGGCUUCUCCUCUUCAGAGACGACAUGCGUUAAUGUUUGACUUUUUCCUGAAGGAGUACAGAUAUCUGCAAACUUACAGCUAUGGAAGAAGACCUCAUAAUACCUCAUGAUUCUGCCAAAAACAGCAGCAUAUCAGUAAUAGAGGAUGAAAAAGAAAAGGUAAAGGACUUUGUGUAUAAGCAUUUCAGAGAAGUGACAGAUGGGUCGCUGUUCAAGGAUGCAGAGGAACCUUCUCUUAAGGAACAUGGGGGUUUCAUCAAGAAAGACAAACAGACUCUCAAUAAAGCCCACUGUAAAAUUCAGCAGGGGGCUGUUUUUUCUGGAAAGAUCCUAAGUUUUGGAUGCUCAGUGUGUAAAGAUGAUUCCACAUAUAGCCCCAAUGAUCUCCUUAAGCAUUUUCGAGCGGCUCAUAAAGGAACCCUUCCCACGUACCCUUGUGACCUGUGUGGUUUUGUCACAAACGAGUUUCCCGCUCUUCAGCGCCAUCGGAUUGAGCACAGAAAUACUCUGGUUACGUGUGAGCUCUGCAGCGACGAUGUUCAGUAUUCUCUGCUUUUGCUCACCAGACACUACAUCAUGUGUCACAGUCUGAAUGGACAGUUUAACUGUGACUGGUGUGACUUUACUACUGUGGAUGCAGGGACGUUCGUCCAGCACAUCCAUCAUCAUAAUGAGAGUCCUUGGAAGUGUUCAAAAUGCAGACACAUCAGCUUGAACGAGGAGGAUCAUCAGAGGCAUGUGAAAGCUCACUCGGGUACAUUCCCCUUCACCUGUCAGAUCUGUGGAUUUGGGGUGGCAAGAAGCGAGUACCUGAAAAAACACACUGCAGCUGUUCACAAACAGGAAGCUGAGAAAAGGAAUGCAUGGAAGGCUGUUGAAGAUAGCAGCACUCCAGCAAAUUCAUCUGCAACCUUAAAACUUUUGCUCAAAAAGAGUGGCGAGUCACAGGAGGCUCAGAGGAUAUCAAAACUGAACUGUCUUUCUGGGAGUUUAACAAACCAAAAUGGCAGGUUAAUCAAACCAGAUUUGUCCUCAGAGGAGACCUACCACGUUGUCGAUGGAACUGUAGCAAAAAAGGACAACAAUUGGAGCAAAGGUUGUCAAAACACAGAGCAGACAACACCAGUAAUGUUACAGGAAUGUGACAACUCCACAAGCUCUGAUGCUGCAGGUCACACAAGUCCCAAUGGACUGACUGUUCUCAUGGUUAAGAACAAAAUCUCGCUUCCCCCUAAUUGUACAACCAAAGUCAUGGGAUUCAAAGUGGUUGAUGGCAAAAAGCAUCUAGUUCUCAAAGUAAUCCCUACAGCAAGGCAAGACUCAUCCAUUCAGAACCAUUCCUCGGCUGAAGAUGUUGGCUGCUUAGCAUCAAAUCCUGCCUUGGAUAAAAGUAAAGAAUCUGUUGAGAAUGGGGAAUGCUUCGAUAGCAAGAGCUCCACAUCACAUUGCUUUGCUGUUUCACCAAGAAGUGGAUCUUGCAUACAGAUGGAUCACGACGAUAUUAUGGCAGUAAAAGUAAAGAUCGAGGAGGAAGAAACCUCUAUUUGCAACCUUGAUUCCUCCCCGCACCAAGAUGAUGAUGGAGAACAAACUAAUCCUUUACUAAAUUUGUCUUCAACUUGUUCAGAUAUGUUAUAUCCCGUGGCAAAUGAGUUAGAUCAUCUAGGCAACCAGAGUCACUCAAGUCAAACAACCUGCUCAGAGAGAAGUACAUUUGAUGAUGACUCAGUCUCUGCAACGUUCAAUGCUGAUGCAGCCGACCAUAGUGAUCUUAAAACCAGUGAUACUUUGACAGUGUGUGCUGGUAAGGUCACUGGUUUAUCUUCACCUUCAAAAGUUGCUCAGGAAACCUUUCUUUCCCAGUCAGUCUCCAAAAACACUUUGGAGAACUGUGGGGCUGCAAAUGAGUUAUCAUUGACUGACACAGUGGCAGAGAAACUCUUUGACAAACACAAAGGGAAUUCUUCUUUUAACACUACAGAAAAUGAUGACCAGUCUUCUCAGACUACUCCAGAAAAGACUAACAGGGUAAGAACUGAGAUUAAACUUAAAAAUGGUCAGCAAAACUUUAAGAAGCUUUCAGCAAAUCCAGUACCUCCAUCAGAGUCAUCCCCACCCACUUCAGGUCACAGCCACAGAGAAAUUGCCACAGGCUCUGAAAACUGCACUAAAAAUUCACCAAACCAAGAAGUAUUUACCUUUCACAACUAUUCCAAGGAAACAUUCGGAACUUCACCUAACACUACCCAAAGCUUUGACAAUAUGUCCGAACACUCUGCUGACAGAGAAAGUAUUUGUGAAUCAUCACAGUUUAGCUUGACAUUGGCAGACUCUCCAGAACCAUUCAUGGAAAGUGGCAGUGGAGAAGCAACUGAAGAACAGAAUCAAGAGGGUGGGAAGAAAGUGUCAGAUAGUGACAGUCAGGCUGAUGAGUUCAUUUCUAGCGUUCAUGAUCCUUUCACUGAGGAUGAAAAUCCUGAGUCAGUGCUCCAGGACUUUAAUAUAAUCAAAAUUGAGGAAGAGAGCAUUCCCAUAUCUAAAAAACAGUCAGAAACAAAGAGUAGUUCCACUUCCUUGGGCAGUUUUGUGGAAGAACAUUCAGAUGCAAUCAUUUCCCAACAACUAAAUAAGGAAAGAGUGAGAAGUGCAAGCAAUGAUUCUUUGAAACAAACAAAAACAACCCUUCGAAUUCUUCAGUUGCCAGAGGGUAAGCAGCCAGUACUCCUGAGGACUGCAGAGAAUCGAUUUGCCAUGCCAGUGCAGGUUAAGGCUACUCCAGGUUUCAAACUGAUAACCAAUUCUACUAAUCCUCAGAUCAAUGUGUCGUACAUGAAACCAGGUGUAGAAAGAUCAAGUAACCAAACUGGUGUAACUUUAACUCCUAACAGUGGGAGGCUAGGCGUAUCAACACCAAUGGCAGGAGCUGCUGAAAAAGGGACAACUCUUCUUUCUGCUGUUCAACCAGCAGUUGGCAUAACCUCAAAUCACUACCUUAUCAAUAGCCCCGGUUUUAAGGGUCCUGUACUCCUUUCAAGCACACCACAUAAUACACCUACAGACAAAUCAGCAAAGGCACAGCCCACUUGCUACUUGCUACAGAGGUCUGGCCCAUUUGUUCACACCCCCAGUACUCCUGGCCUCAGAUUGGCAAGUACACAACUCCCACUGAACUCAAGGCCAGUUCUGGCCAUGCCCGUGAACUCUGCAGACAAACCUAGCUCUCUGCAGCCUGGUCGCCAAGCAUUCUUGCUCCGGUACAUUUCUCCACCCAAAUCAGGCCUCCUUCUGAACAACCAAGACACAAAGACUGGGACCCAGUGUAGCCAAACCAGUGAAAGCACUGGAAACAAAGUAAUAUUUAAAAUUGUAACGCCUACCGGUAGCCUCCUUACAAGUGGCACUCCCACCUCAAGCAGUCAACCUUUGUUUCUGGCCACCAGACCUCAGACCCAGUGUUUUCUGGUCUCGUCAAACAAAACUACUGCAAAUGCCUCCAGUGGAGUCAAGAAAUUGAUCACCAUACAAAACACUGCACAGAAAGAUGUCAAGGAAUCUUGCAUUUCACCCUCUCAAAUGAAUGUAAAGGUACAACCGUGUGAAGCAGAGAAACCUGUUCUUGCCCCAAGGCCAAUUCGGCCUCCAAGCCAAAGGAAAAGGCGCAGGAAAACAUUAUUUGACGAGCUUCCGGCAACUGUGCAUAAAGCUAGAAGACUAUCAAAUAAAGCACUGACUGAGAAAGAGACUUCUGUGUUAUGGAAGCCUGUAGCCAAAGAAGUUGAAAGGACACUGAGACUUGCCCCGUUCAGUUCUGUACAGCAGAUCAAAUGUCCUCGUAGAUACCAACCUGUUGUGGUGCUCAAUCAUCCAGAUGCUGACAUUCCCGAAGUGGCCAAUAUCAUGAAGGUGGUUAACAGAUACAAAGGUGCUGUUACUAAGGUCUCUCUCUCUCAGAAAACAGUCCAAGCACUCUCUGAGCUCGGUGCUCAAGGGAAGAAUCACUCAACCAAAGGUGUCUCAUCUCAUAGUGAUGAUCCAAGACCGCGGCCAGUUCAGAGUUCUGUCCGAGAGCGAUUCCUUUUGAAACUGAAGUUAAGGAAAAAAAGCAAAAAAAAGUAUGAGGUAGUGGAAACUUUAUCGGGCUGUCGACAAGAGGCCGUGGUGUUUGACUGCUGGUUUUGUGGUCGACUCUUCAACAGCCAAGAAGACUGGAUUGGCCACGGCCAACGGCAUCUCAUGGAGGCAACCAGAGACUGGAAUAAACUUUUCUGAGAGUUUUCCAUCAUCUUUUAAAUGGCUUGAUAUUCUGACCUUUUGAGGUGGAACAAAUGGUUGAAGUUGUAUAUUUUUUAAUGACCUUAUAUGUUUGUUCAAUUUCUGUUCCUGUAAAUACAUAUUCUUAAGUGAAUCAUAGUUUAUCUUUUCAUAGGUGCAUAUUCUGCUAAAUUAUGUACUGCUAGCAUGAUUUAUAUCAUGCAUGCACAGGUCAAAUUGAACUGUGAAAAUGGUACACUGUAAUUAGGAGUUGUGCACUGGCACGAUCUUACAGAAAGGGGACAAUAUCAGCAGAGGUGGUAUGAAGAGUUGGAUUAAAUUACUCAGGUGAUUUCAUAUUAAUUUGGUUUAUAAUUUUUGCUCAUAAAUUUCAAAAAAGCAUAGGCCUAGUUUAAGGGACUUUUGUAUAUUUUGUUAUCCUGCACGUGAGGACAGGAAACUGUAUUUGUAUAGCUUAACUCUAAAGCUUGUAGACAAAUUCAAUUGUUUUGCGCUUGUGAUGAAAAAAAAUGUUCUGGUCCAAAUAAUUCCUUUUAUAUAUGAUGUUUUAAUUUAAGGCGGUAUCCUUUUACACCAUUCUGUUGUCAGGAGUAGUUUACAGUUUUUUCUUGUCAGGAUUUUGUCAACCUGUAGCAUGCAUUUGUCAAAACUAGAGAUGAGAUUUUUCUUGGUAAUCUCUUUAGUCUGCCAAAUGUUGCAAACGGACCGAUGGUCUUAUCAAAUACUGUAUCUGUUAAACAGGGAUGCUUCACGGCUCACUGCCAGUACUUGAGAAACACAGAUCAGCCCAUAAUACAACCUAUGCAGUUUCAUUCAGUAUGAGUUUUGUUGUCAGAAGCUCAGGCUGUUUGCUUGUGCGCAUGUUGUUAGUCAUGUGAAUCCACACUGAUUUUGGAAUUUGAUGAUAAAUCUUAAAGGUCCCCAUGGAUUUGCUUUCUGAUUGUAAAUUUGUUUUGUGGGUUGCAGUGUUUGUUCACAAGAGAAGAUGCUGGUGCAAGAUGUUUUUAAAUGGAUUUUAGAAAGAGUCAAGUGUUGUCACAGGGCCUGAAAAUAAGAUUUUAUCCACUUCCAAAGCCUUUGGAUACCACAGUUGACAAAAUGGUUUAAUUAUUUUGUCCCAUUUUCAUUUGUAAUUGUACUCCACAUUUAAAGUGAUCAGUGGUUAUUCAUAUUUCUGUAAAUUCUCAAAUUAAAUGGCCAAGAUACAUAUAACAGUAUAAUGGAUUUCCAGCCUUUUUUUUUUGAUCAUUGGUAAACUGUGAUCAAUGAAACAACAGUUCCUACAGAUAUUUAACAGUGAAAGCCUGUCAAGAAGGAAGAGGGAUUAUUCCUUUUAACCUGCAGGAAAGGCUUUUAAUGUGAAACAUUAAAACAGGAUCAGAUCAGAAAAAUCAUCAGACUUUGGCUUCCUGCCGAAGUAUAAUGAAAUAUAUUUAUAAAAGGGAAAUUGAAGGCCUGGCCAAUAUUUGAGAAUUUACAGAGCAUACAACAUACACAAAAUGUUUUUUUUUUCUGUUCUAAAUACAUGCACAGUUGGGUACACUAAUAAUAAUGCAACAUUGUGAUCAUUACCGUUUUUUUUAUGGUUUGGUUGCCAACAGGGAUGGCCAAACGUGAAAUGGUUGACUUGUUCAGAUCUGGUCAGUUAAGGCAACUAGGCAGCCAGGAAUAUUGUCCAUGUAUCUUCUGGUUAUUCAGGUAUUAAAAAAUGUUUUAGGUGUUUUAAAUGUACACGUCCAAAAACAUUUACUCACUACCACAUUUGAUUCCUGUAGGGAUGCAUCAUUCGGCAGAGUUGCAUUUGCUGUCUGGUAGUUUCCAUUUUAGCUGUGCGUGUUCCCACGACUUUUCUGGUGGAUUUAUUAUUAUUUUGGUAUAAAUUUCACUCCUCAUUUUUGAUCAUGAAAAAGAAAAAAAUAUAUAUAUAUUUUUAGUUUUAAAAUGAAAUUUAUUUUGUUUUUUAAUACCAGUUUCUGAAAGGAAAAUUGAAUGACCAAAAGAUACACAGAUCCUAUAUCAGCCACUACAAAAUGACUUGGUAUGAGCCACUUGGACCACUACCACAGCUCUUUGAAAAAUAGAAACAACCUUUUUGUCCCUUGAGCCUGUGCUACUGCUACUAGUGCUGGUUAGAGUAAGAAAAAAUGUAAUUGUUAUGAUGGGAAGGGUUGGCUGGAUCAGUCCAAAAUCUCACAGCAUUUUAAUUCAAGUACAAAGAGCAACAACAGAAAACUUGUACACUGUACAGGAAUAGAUGAGGGUGUGGAACAGCAUUUGUUCAGAUCUGCUAUAGAACAAAACAGAAAGAUGCACCCAGACCCAAGAUAAAAACACAAAAAAGGCGUUUGCUUACCUCCAAACUGUUUUUAGUUCCAUAAGAAGUUUCUUGUUAAUAUCGAAUACAUGGAGAGGUGAUUUAAUAGUUACUGAUCUUUGUUUUUCAUGCUUUAUAGACAUUUUAGUUGUAGUAGAAACCUUGAACCGUGACCCAUGUAUUUCACUUGCACCUUUUGUUGCGUUAAUGUUGUACUGUAAAUCUGCUCACUGUCAUCAAGUUCAGUAUGCUGUACAUACAUUUAUUUUAAUAUUACAUUUGACAUUUUUUUUUUAACAGCAACAGGAUAUGGACUUUGUAUUUUCUUCUCCAUGGAUUUUAAUGAUUGUAUUACAUGAUGAUCGAACCAAGGAAAUGAAUGUUUUAUUCCGUUCAAUAUGCAAAAGCGACUGAAUAAUGCAAGCCAUGCUACCGUUUUUUUAAUACUUCAAUAUAAUUCUGAACAGCCAGCCUCCAAUUACUGAAGAUGUGUCCUCAGCAGGGUCCACUGUCUACCGCUCGCAAAAUGCUCAUCUAAAUCCAGCACUCCAGUCAGCAACAGGGUUUUUUAUUCAAAAUGAAUUCUCUGAAAGUGUUUCCUAUGAAAGGAACAUAAAUGGAGCAUCAGCAGUAGAUCCCCUUCACUGAUAUUUGUAAGUUGCAAGUGAAACCAAACAUACGUUCAACUUUUUCACAAGUUCUCCUUAAAGGAAUAGUUCCUUUACCUAGGUUAACAUGAAGACUGGAGCAGGGUAACGGGGCUGUGUCCAGAGUUUAGAAACACACAACACCUCUAAAGCUCAAUGAACAUGUUGUAUCUGCUUCAUUUAAUCGCGCACAUCGCUUGUAUGCAGCAUUUCUGGUUACACUGCAGGUUGUCAGAUAUGGUCAGUGAGCACAGGUUUUAGAUUCUUUUAUCUGUUCAGGCACAAUGGUACCAAACCUGACAACCUCACUGUGACCACAAGACCGGCAACCAACAAACUGCCCAUCCUUACAUUCUGUGUGUAGAGAUUAAACAAACCACGUAUAACGUGGAAAUUCGUUAGCUUGAAGUGUCUUUGGGUGUGUUUUUGAACUUUGGACAGAGCUAGGCUAGCUGUUUCCCCCUGCUUGCAGUCUUUAUGAUAGGCUAGGCUAAGUCCAGCUCUGUACUGAACAAAGCAUGUUCAUGUUAAUAUCCAGCUUAUACAUCAAUAUCUCACUCUCAGAAAGAAAGCAAAUAAAUUAUUCAAAUCAGGUUAGCUAGGUUCAAACAGCUAACUCCUCUGUUCUUAAUGAAGCCCCAGUCAUGACCUGACGUUCAGCCUGGAGCCUUAUCCCCUGUCCCAUGGUUAACAUUUCUCUCUUUAAACAUUGGUUUUUGGAGAUGGAAUUCUUCAAAUCAAGGGCUACAAUCUUAAAAUACUGCUUACAUUUACUUGAUAUAAAGAUUCAUAAAUUGUACUUUUUAUCAUUGCAGCUUUUAUGUUUUUUUUUUUGUUUGUUUUUUUGUUUGUUUUUUUGUUGCUUUUUUCAGUUUUUGAUGAUUGAGUUUAAUUUCUCAAUUCAAACUUUCCUAACUUCAGCAUAAUGAUGAGAAACAAACACCAAAUGAAGUCCAGGUUUGUUUCUGAUGGGUUGUGUUUGUCUCAGACUGAUCCAUAUGGUUUCACUUACCGGUAUAUGAGAUAAGCACACAGUCCUUGUCUUCUGCUUCUUCACUUCUCUCAGGCCAAAGAACUAUUUGGGUCUAUCAUGAGAAUUUAAAAAACGUGUUGUUGAUGGUUUUUCUGCACUGAAAUAACUACAAACCACUCAUUGUAUGGGGAUACACUACUAGACCAUCGUAUGGUAUGAGCCUAAAAUUAAAAGAAAACAAUAAUUGAAAUCCAGUAGCCUACAUAAUUAUAACUUAUACCGUUCAACCCCCCCCCAUAAGCUGUUAGGAUGAUGAAACUCUACCACAUACUGUUUCAACCCUCAAAUGCUGAACUCAUCGUGUACAGUAAACUGUUCCUGUCCAGGAGGCUGUCCGACUCUUUACUGAAUCUUUCCUCAUGCUAAGUGCCUCAAGUGUCCUUUGGCAGGUUGACAAUGUUUACUGUAUUCUUUUCUUUAACUUAGUGGUUCACUCUCCUCUAAUAAAUGUA